GUCGCGACAUGGGGGACGACUUGGCGUCGGAAGGCGACACCCUGCUUCAGUCAGAGAAGGAGUUCCAUGGUGCAGCGAAGCGAAAUGAUGUAGCCAGGAUGGAGGAACUCAUCAGCAGAGGAGUUGAUAUCAAAGCCAAAAACAAUACAGAGCGGACUGCCCUGCACUGGGCUGCAGGAGCAGGGAGCGUGGAUGCUGUGCGGCUGCUCCUGGAUCACGGUGUUCCCGUGGAUGAUGAAGACAGUGUACAGAGGCAACUCUCCUUGCAUGUGCUGCAGAUGUGUUCAUUUGGAAUGAGUGCUCUUCUCCUGUCUGCCUGGUUUGGCCACCUCCGUGUCCUACAGAUCCUUGUCAAUGCUGGGGCCAAGAUUAACCAUGUCAAUAGGAAUGGCAGGAACCUGCUUCACUGUGCAGCUCAGAGGGGACACAUCCAGAUCAUGGAGUUCAUCAUGGAGGACUUGGAGGAUGUGUGUGUGGAUGAGACAGACAAGAUGGACAGGACAGCGUUUCACCUGGCUGCGGAGUAUGGACAGCUGGAGGUGGUGGAGUUCCUCAUUCGAGUGGGUUGUUCUCACAGUGCCAAAGACAAGGAAGAAAAUACAGCAUUGCAUUUAGCUGCUAAAAAUGGACACCUCUCUGUGCUGGAGAAGAUUAUAGAUGUCGGAGUGGACCUUGAUGAAAAAAACUCAGAAGGACUCACGGCUCUGCACCUGGCUGCUGAGGGGGGACACAGCCUUUGUGUGAAGCUGCUUGUGGAAGCAGGUGCUGAUGUCAAUGCCCAAACCCAGAAAAAGAUGAACUGCCUUCAUUAUGCAGCUCUGCAUGGCUAUGAGGAGAUAGCCAGGAUCCUCAUGGAUGCAGGAAUCCACACUGAUGCUCUCAAUCAUCAAAAUGCAUCAGCAACACACAUCGCAGUCCUGCAGAACUUCCCAGACAUGGUGAAGCUCUUCAUCAGUGCAGAGUGUGACCUUGACAUUCCAGAUAAUAGGCAGCAGACCUCUCUCCACAUCGCUGCAGAGCACAGCAGGCAGGACAUUGCUGAGAUGAUUCUCAUUGCAGGAGUUAAUCUGAAGCUAACAGACAAGCAAGGGAAAACAUCUCUGGAUGUUGCUGCCCGAGGCAAUCACAUCAUCUUGGUGGACAUGAUUAUCAAAGCUGAUCGAUUUUACAAAUGGGAGAAGGACAACCUGAACAGCGACUCUGGCUCAUGGGUGGCAAAGCACUUGACCUUUAAGCAGGAUCACAGGCUGGAAACACAGCACAUUCGCUCAGUCAUGUGGAGAUUAGCCACUAAGUACCUCAAACCUGGGGAAUGGAAGAAGCUGGCACAUUACUGGAAAUUCACAGAUGACCAUAUUAGGGCCAUUGAGCAACAAUGGACAGGCACUAAAAGCUACAGGGAACACGGCCAUAGGAUGUUGCUCAUCUGGCUCCACGGUGUGACCACUGCAGGAGAAAAUCCAAUCAAGGGACUGUAUGAAGGCCUGGUGGGGAUUGGGAGAAGAGAUUUAGCAGAAAGUAUCCGGAAAAAAGCAAACGCAGACUCCACCUCUCCACGGAAGUGCACAGCGAUGUAACACCAGGAGCAUCCUCUCAGAGCUGCAGGAGAAACACUUCUCUGCUGCUGAGAGAAGGCAGAUGCAACCUAAGGGCUUCUUGUCACAAACUGCUGGCACUGCUGCAUCCUUCUGGACAGGAAAUGACAGGGGUAAAACAAAUGCUCAUGGUCAGAAAUGCCUCUACACAGAAGGGAGCUUUUUAUCAGCAAUUUCAAAUGGUCUGGGUUCUGUAAUGAGGUUGGUGAGCAAGACUUAUCAUAGUGCAUCAGGAAAUAUUACAGUUUUACUGUAAUGUGUCUACUGCACAUUUUUGUAUAUAAAAUUUCAAUUGUCAAGUUUUUAAGUUAAUGAGGGCAAAGGCUUUGUUUUCAGGAAUGUUCUUUAUUUACUUGUAUAGGGUGUCUCAUGUCUUAGGCUUGUCCAUACAUUCCCACCAUAAGAGGAGAACUUAAGCAAAAUCAAAGCUACUCUUUGGUCCUUUUGGAAGCUGAGGGGUUGUGAUCUUUAACUUUGACUCUUCACAAAAAGUUUGAGAAGAAUAUUAACAUGUACUGUUUAUAAACGUACAUUAAUAUGUAUGUUUAUAAAUCAAAUAGGUGACUCUGACCUUUUCAAAACAUGUUUUCAUUUGUCAUGUAAUCCUCCAUAUUUAUUUUUUACAGCAUCUCAAGGGGAAAAUAAUGUCUGUACUUCAAUAAAUCUAGAUUUUACCCUUU